CGCAUUUGUUGAGUACCAAGAGGCUGAUUGCGCCGCCCCAAUUCCUCUGUGGCCCUCUUAUCGCAUCGCCCUUCUCGGAAGCCAGUUCGUGCUAAAGGGGAACUCCUGGCUCCUCCCUACUCCAUCUGCUUUCCCAGCAAAACCGAGAUGCCUUUCCCAAUCUGCAGGCGGGGUAGGAGACGCAGUGAGAAAGCGAAAGUAGCCGGGCUGGGGCCGGAGCCAUGGCUUCGCAGAGCUCCAGAGAGCGGCUUCAGGGCGAAAUGACGUGCGCCGUUUGCCUGGACUUCUUCACUGAGCCGGUGAUUGUGGACUGUGGCCACAACUUCUGCCGCUCCUGCAUCACCCCGAGCCGGGCAAAGGCGCCCGCCGCCUGCCCCCAGUGCAGGGAGCCGAUCCAGGAGAGGAACUGGAAGCCCAACAGGCUGCUGGCCAACGUGGUGCAGAUCGCCAAAGAGUUGGAGCGGGAAGCGGAGCGGUGCUGCGAGAAACACCAAGAGCCGCUGAAGCUCUUCUGCAAGGAUGACAAAGCCCUCAUCUGCGUGGUGUGCGACAGAUCCAGGGAGCACCGCGAUCAUGUAGUGGCGCCUGUGGAAGAAGCUGCGGAGGAGUACAAGGUUUAUAUGUGCAGUUAUCUAGAGAAUCUGAGAAAAGAGAGAGAGAAAAUCCUGGCAUAUAAAACAGACUCAGAAAAAGAAAGUCAAGACUUGCUUAAACGAACUGAAGCAGAGAAACAAAAGAUAGUGGCCAAGUUCAGAGGGCUGCGGCAGUUUCUUGAAGAACAAGAAAACUUUCUGCUGGCUGAGGUGAAUGAGAUGAAAGAGGAGAUUGUAAAAAACAAGGAGGAGCACCUGGCCAGAAUCUCCAAGGAACUCUCUUCUCUAGAUGACAUCAUUCAGGAGUUGGAGGAGAAGUGCCAGCAGAUAGCGAGUGAACUCCUGCAGGAUGUUAGCAGCACCUUGCAGAGGUGUGAGCAGAAGCAAAUGUUUGAGGAUCUGGUCGUGUUUCCUCUACUAAAAUGGAAAGUAAAGGCAUUCUGUGAUAUCGAUCUUAUUCUGGAAAAUGUCGUGGAGAAACUCAAAGACACUCUGCCCUAUGAAAACUGGCUACAUAAAGAAGAUGUGACACUGGAUCCAGACUCUGCCCAUCCUCUGCUCCUCAUAUCGAAUGACCGGAAAUGUGUGACGUUAGGAGACAAACGGCAGCAUCUACCCACUACUAAUCGGAGAUUUGAUGACUGGCUGUGUGUACGGGGUGAAAGUAGUCUUAUAUCAUGGAUGUGCUACUGGGAUGUGGAGGUGGGGAAUGAAGAAGGGUGGGCAGUGGGCAUCUGUAGGGCUGAUACAGUUAUUAAAAAAAAUGAAUCCCUGGGACCUGAGACAGGAGUCUGGGCCAUUGGGAAAUGGAGUGGAACGUACCGAUUAGUCAAUUACCCCCACAAUCCUCCUUUGUCUUUAAGCGGGGAACCCAGAAGGAUCCGAGUAUUUCUGAACUGUAUGGGGAAGCAGGUGUCAUUUUUUGAUGCUGAUACAGCAGCUCUGCUCUACACUUUCAGAUUACAAACUUUGCAUCUAGUAUUCCAGCCUUUCUUUUGGCUUUUGAAGAAAUCCUAUCUCAGAAUCUGUCCAUGAGACGUGGAGAAGCAAAUCCCAAUUUACAAGUCCUGUCAGCCAAGCCCUCAGCAACUGCUACUUCUGUAGCAUGAAGUCUCAUUGUAGACCAAGCUACAGGUUUCAGCCUUGAGUCCCUUAUCAAAUUCUUCCAAUGCUCUUGUGGAACAGCCUUCUCUUGGUGUAACUAAGCUUCUUCGAAAAAGAGAAAUAAUGACAGGAAGAUCCAGUGAGAGGGAAUGCUUCACCAGUGGGUUAUGGGAAGGGACUCAAAUUUGAGGUGGGGGUGAGGUGGCUUGCCAAACACACUUCUGUUUACACAGUUAUUUUUUGUAAGAGGGCCAGUUGUUAAGGAGGUGCAGCCCCAAAUUUCUUUUGAGGAAAAAUAAUUUCUGUGUUUUAGAAUUAAGGCAUACAUAUUCUGAGAUUUAGCUGGGGAGAGGCUGUGCCUCAGUGGUAGAGCACCUGUUUUCCAUGCGGAAGCACUCACGGCCAGUCCUUGGCAUCUUUAAAUAAAAGCAUUGGGCAAUGGGUGAUGUCAGAAACUUCUCUCAAUACACUGAAUCAAACCAUUGGUCUAUUAUAGUCAGUUUUGUCAGCUCUGGCGGGCAGUUUUUCAGGGCAAGACAGCUUCAUGUGUAAUUUUUUAAGAAUACAUUUGGAGUGGUUGCAGUAAAGUUGAUUCUGCUGUGAAGUUGUCUUCUUAAUGUGUUUCAUUUUUCAUUUGCUCUGUGCCACCCUUACUAGGAUUUACAAAGGUUU